AUGAUCUCCAGCAAGGCUGUCAUGUCCUUUGAAUGGAGUCUUAUGGUCAUCGCCUAUGUCCUUGUCGCUGCCAGAGUUUACGUGCGGGUUUGGCUGCGCAAUGCGAGGUUAUAUUCAGCUGAUUAUCUCCUCUUCGCCGGUUUGGCAGCAUGUCAGGGAUUACUUAUAUGUGAUACCUUGACAUUUCGAAUGCAUGCCAUGGACGAUUUUACCAUCAACAGCGUGGCUCUGAAGAAGAUCCGAUUCGCGACGAAUUACUUCUUCGACUUUGGCAUUUAUUUUCCAAAGUUCAGCAUCCUCGCAUUUUAUUUCAAUCUCGUUCCUUGCACGCAUCCCGGAAUGCGAACUCUACUGUACGCCUUGACUGGUCUUACGGCAUCCUUUUCGCUCGUCACUUUUUUCAGCGACACUUUCUGGUGUGGGCCGGACCCUUCGGUGAAUUGGAUGGAUACCGACGAAGAGCAUUGCCAGGCUUUCAUGUCAAUGGAGCUUAUGAGAUUGAACUGGUCUAUGAACUUCACCUCUGAAGUGUUGAAUGUCCUUUACCCAUUACCAUUGUUGAAAGAACUCAAGGUGAAUUCUCGACGGAAAAGGGCUGGCUUGGCUAUCAUCUUUGGACUUGGAUUCAUCACUAUUAUCGUCAGUAUCGGACGCUUCAUCCAGACGACCUUUGUCAGCAAUGACAUCUCUAUAUAUAUUUGGGCAACAGCCGAGAUAUGUAUCUCAGUCAUGGUUGUAGCCAGCACAGCCCUUCGACCUCUUCUACGAAAGAUGUCAAACAUCAGCAUGCUCAGUAGUCACGACCGACCACAAAACCACCAAUUACAUCAUCUACGCCAACCACAAAACAUGGGAGUUGGAACCAUUGGGUCAGGGACCUAUUGGAAUAGGAGGAGAAAAAGAGACAGCUUGACAGGAAGUGAGACGGAAAUAAAUGUCACGAAUGGGAUUGUUCUGACACAGCAAGUCAUGGUGUCAAGAGAAACGAUUGUUGCGAUACCCGAAGUACACGAGGAGUUUAAAGUUUAG